UUGAAGAAGGCUAGCACAAGGACUCACCUUUGAUUAGACCCGUCUCUUUCUUCUGUCCCUCCUUCAUCACACACACUCCCUCUCUCUUUUACAGACAUUUUGCAGUGUGUUCGAAUCGUUUUCCGGUAUCAAGAAUGAAGGGGAGCCCUCUACUCUCCGUUCUUACCGCCCUCCUCUUGUUCCUCGUUCCUCGUUCCUUCGCUUCUACAAGCUACACCUCAAUCUUUAGCUUCGGCGACUCCCUCGCCGACACCGGCAACCUCUUGCAUUCACUGGCCGGUCGAUCCCACCACACCAACAACCCUCCUUAUGGAGAAACUUUCUUCGGCCACCCCACCGGCCGAUGUUCCAACGGAAGGCUGAUCGUGGAUUUCAUAGCCGAGGCAUUUGGGCUUCCACUGCUUCCUCCAUAUCUGGCCGACCCUUCUAAAGGCAGGGGAUACGUCAAAGGUGUGAAUUUUGCAGUUGCAGGAGCCACAGCGCUUGAUUCUUCAGACCUUGUGAGCAAGAACAUCAGACCCUUCACGAACCACUCACUAAAUGUCCAACUCGCAUGGUUUGAAAAGCUCUUGCCUUCAUUAUGCUCUACAGAAGCAGAGUGCCAUGACUACUUCAGUUCCGCGCCAUUAUUCCUCGUUGGGGAGAUUGGCGGGAACGAUUACAACUAUGCAUUCUUCCAAGGCAUGAGCAUUGAAAAAGUGAAGGCUUAUGUCCGUGAUGUGGUAACCACCAUCGAGAAUGCAGUGCAUAAAUUGAUAGGAUAUGGAGCAAUGCACCUGAUGGUUCCCGGGAACCUCCCUAUUGGCUGUUUACCGAUCUACCUUACCAAAUUCCACUCAUCGGACCCAUCGGAUUACGACGCGGAGAUCGGUUGCCUCACCCACUACAAUGAGUUUGCCAUCUAUCACAAUUCAUGUCUGCGGGAUACUAUCAAAAAGCUAAGGAAGAAGUACCCAAACGCAAGAAUCAUUUAUGCUGACUACUACGGUGCUGCUAUGUCCUUGUUCAAGGACCCCAAUAAAUAUGGAUUUGAAAGUGCAUUGAGAGCCUGUUGUGGCAGUGGGGGGCCAUACAACUACAACCCUAAUGCUGCUUGUGGCGAAGCAGUGGUAAACGCAUGUGAAGACCCUUCUAAGUUUGUGAAUUGGGAUGGCAUCCAUCUUACUGAGAAGGCUUACGAGACCAUUGCUAAUGGGUUGCUCUCUGGCCAAUUUACUGAACCUGCUCUCAAGAAGCCCAAAGUUUGUCGUUAAAUUUGGCAUUGAUCUCCACUCCCCAUUUUUGUUUUGUGAAUCUGUGAUUUUUAGCGUGUAGAAGCGAAUUAAAUGCUGAGUUUUUAACAUCCAGUUUCAAUGUUUUUAGAACUUUAGAUGAAAUUAUUUUGCUGAUCAUAUAGAUACUCUUCAUGCCUGUUUCGGGAAUA